GAUCGCUGCCUGCCUGCACCAAAACCCCUCGGCUCCGGCGGCGCACUAAAUGUGCGUGCGCGAGUCCAGGAGACGGAGAAGGUCGAUACGCUCCAGACUUGGUCUGCUCCACUCCGCUCCUCUACGCCGCGCGCCCUGCUUCGAAUCGCGCUCGCGGCGGCCGCCGCCGCCGCCAUGGACUUCCUCUGCCCCGGCGAUCCCACGGUCUGGGACGGGAGGCGGUUCGCUCCGUGCUUCGCGGAUUUGGUGCUGGGGCUCGGCGGGAAUGUGGUUGCCACCGUCGCCGUCGUCGCGCUCUUCAUCGCCAACAGGAACGCGCCAACAACUCAGAAUGUCAGGAGACGUUUGCUAGAGAAGUUGUUUGUAUUUGGCCUACCUAGCUUUGCAGCCUGCCUUUCUUUGCUUGGGUUAGCUGUGCUUGUAAAGAAGAAAGUUGAAGGCAUAGAUGUCCCAAAUCAUGAAUUAUUGUUCAGAUGUUCCCAGUUUCUUGCAUGGGCAUCUGUGAGUCUUGUCUCUGCCAAUGGACCUUGGUUCGAAAUACUCUACAACACAUUCAUAUGCAUCUGCUGGAUGUUGAAGAUUCUACUAGAGAUACCUCAUUUGGAAUACACACUCACAGUAAUAAAGGCAAUGUCAUAUUUUACGGAGAUCCUCUCAUUCUCAACAUCAAUUACAUUUGGACUUUUCCUUAUUGUUGCAACUGCAGCAGGACGAUUAUGCAACAAAAGAGAAGUGAACUCUAUCGAAGCUCCACUGAUUCUGAACAAUGAAAAUUCUGAGACUGAAAGCACAAACUUGGUAUAUAAGCAGCACAAUAUCUGGGAACUGUUGACUUUUAAGUCUGUUAAUCCAAUGAUGGACAUUGGUAUCACAAGACAACUUGAUUUUGCAGAUCUACUUGAAUUACCUUCUGAGCUCAGAGCUGAUUCCUGUUAUGACAAACUUCUGUCUUCAUGGACUGCUGAACAUCAAAAUCAUCAUGCUGAUCCAUCUCUACUUAGAGCUAUGUUUCACGCUUAUGGAUGGAUCUACUUACGUUUGGGCAUGUUAAAGGUGAUAAAUGACAGUAUCAGUUUUGUUAGCCCACUGCUACUCAACAAGUUCAUAAGGCUUAUUCAACAAGGAUAUCUUUUGAAUAAUGAUUCAUAUCAAAGUAGUAUCCACUUUACUGGUUUAUUUGUGCUUUUUAGCAAUGUAAACAAACCAAUCUGGUCAUUUUUAGAUACCCAGUACUCAUUUCGUCUAGCAAAGCUCAAGUUGAUGUUACGAUCAAGUAUCAUGGGAAUAGUUUACCGGAAGUGCCUAUGUCUCAGUCUAUCUGAGCGUUCUAGGUUCUCUGAAGGAGAAAUACAGACCUUCAUGUCUGUUGAUGUUGACCGCACAAUUAACUUAUGUAACAGCCUUCAUGAUGCUUGGAGGAUAAGUUGUGCAGGAGAACUCUUAGCACACAUUAGAACAGUGAAGAUGUAUAGCUGGGAGAAACUUUUCACCCAACGCUUGAAGAAAAGAAGAGAAUUAGAAGUGAUGCAUCUUGCGACUCGAAAAUAUCUGGAUGCAUGGUGUGUCUAUUUCUGGGCAACCACACCAACGUUAUUCUCCCUUUUCACCUUUUCCAUAUUUGCAAUAAUGGGUCACUCGCUGGAUGCUGCAACGGUCUUCACCUGUGUCGCACUCUUCAACACAUUGAUAUCCCCAUUAAACUCAUUCCCAUGGGUUAUUAACGGGAUGAUUGAUAUGUGUUUCUAUUGCUGUAACAUCUGUAUUCUAACAUCGCAGGCUGUUAUAUCUAGUAGGAGACUGCGCAAUUAUUUGUCUUCUCCAGAGCAUUGCUCUUCUGAGUUGACGGCAUCAACUGACGUUGCAAAGGAUGACUUUCAAAGAAAUACUGAAACGAUUUAUGAUCCCACAGCUGUUGUCGUCAGGAAUGUAUGUUGUUCUUGGUCUAAUAGCUCAACUGCUGAGCCCAACAUUAUUCUCAGAGACAUAUCUCUGCAGCUACCAAAAGGCCUUUUCAUUGCAAUCGUAGGCGAGGUUGGUUCGGGCAAGUCAUCUUUGCUGAAUUCUAUUAUUGGGGAAAUGUCUAUCAUCAGUGGUUCUAUCAACACAUGUGGUUCGAUUGCAUAUGUACCACAGGUACCUUGGAUAUUAUCUGGUUCUUUACGAGAUAACAUUUUGAUUGGAAAAGGAUUUGAUACAAAGAGAUAUGAAGAAGUAAUACAGGCAUGUACCCUUGAUGUCGAUAUCUCAGCAAUGGUUGGCGGAGAUAUGUCACACAUUGGAGAGAAAGGUCUCAACUUAUCUGGAGGACAGAGAGCCCGUCUAGCAUUGGCAAGGGCUUUGUAUCACGACUCUGAUAUAUACUUGUUUGAUGAUAUACUUAGUGCAGUUGACUCACAGGUUGCUUCGUGGAUCCUUGAAAAAGCCAUUAUGGGACCACAAAUGAAGCAAAAAACACGAUUAUUAAGCACUCACAAUAUCCAUGCCAUUUCCGCUGCAGAUAUGAUUGUGGUCAUGGCUAAUGGAUUUGUAAAGUGGUUUGGUACAUCGGAAUGUUUCUUGGCAACUCCAUAUUCAACAAUAUCUGAGCCAGAUAGUUCACGUGUUUUCUCAGCAACAAUUUCACAAAAAGAUAAAGGACCAAGCACCUCUGAAUUCAUAACUGAAGAUAUGCUUAACAAUGUUUCAGUGGUUGGUCAGGAGGAAAAAAGUGAUCAGACUGAAGCAGAGGCCAGGAAAGAAGGGAUGGUUGAGCUUAUUGUGUACAAAAAAUAUGCAACAUUUGCGGGAUGGUCAAUGGUACUUCUAAUAUUUUUAAGUGCAUUCUUGAUGCAAGCAUCUCGUAAUGGCAACGAUCUUUGGUUGACUUAUUGGGUUGAUACCAGCACAGGUACCAAAAAUACAAGAUUUUAUCUGACCAUCCUUGCUGUGUUUGGAAUAAUCAACUCCUUUUUCACAUUGGGAAGGGCAUUUUCUUUUGCAUACGGUGGCCUAUGUGCAGCAAUUCAGAUACAUGCUGAUCUUCUCAGCAACCUCAUCGGUGCCCCAGUUUCUUUUUUUGACCAAAAUCCCAGUGGCCGAAUACUGAAUAGAUUAUCGUCAGACCUCUACGCUAUUGAUGAUUCUCUUCCAUUUAUCCUCAAUAUAUUUGUGGCCAACUUCUUCAGCUUACUUGGCACUCUUGUUGUUUUGUGCUAUUCACAGGUUACAUUCCUACUCAUCUUAAUUCCCCUCUGGCUUAUCUACAGCAAAGUGCAGUUCUAUUACAGGUCGACAUCACGUGAAGUAAGACGACUUGACAGUGUUGCCCGCUCACCUAUCUAUUCAUCUUUUACAGAGAUACUUGAUGGUUCAUCAACAAUAAGAGCAUUUCAAAAGGAAGGAUUCUUCUUACAGCGAUUCAUCCAACAUCUGACACUAUAUCAGAAAACAUCCUACUCUGAGCUUAUGGCUGGUCUGUGGCUCUCAUUAAGACUCCAGUUGUUGGCAGGGUCGAUCAUUUUGUUCAUUGCCGUAAUGGCCGUCGUUGGCUUCCAUAACAACUCGAAUGUUAACUUUGUUACACCUGGAUUGGUAGGCCUGGCGCUAUCAUAUGCAGCACCUUUUGUAUCGCUGUUGAAUGGCUUCUUGACCACUUUUACAGAGACAGAGAAGGAAAUGAUUUCUGUUGAGAGGGUUGUUGAGUAUGUUGGUAUACCUCAAGAAGAACUCCAGGGAUCAGAAUCUCCUCACAGAAGUUGGCCAACAGAAGGGAAGAUUGAGUUUGAGCAUGUAACUCUAAGGUACAAAGCAGAUUUACCACCUGCUUUGAAUGACGUCACAUUCCAUGUUGAAUCUGGCAUACAGGUUGGAAUAAUAGGAAGGACUGGAGCAGGGAAAUCCAGUAUACUGAAUGCACUUUUCCGUUUAGCUCCAAUCUGCAACGGCCGCAUCUUGGUAGAUGGCUUUGAUGUGGCCAAAGUUGCUGUCCGAGAUCUCCGUGGGCAUUUUGCAGUAGUGCCCCAGAGUCCGUUCUUGUUUGAUGGUUCGUUGAGGGAGAACCUAGACCCUUUCAGUAUAACAACUGAUCUGAGGAUAUGGGAAGCCCUUGAAAAAUGCCAUAUGAAGGCAGAGAUCGAAUCAAUAGGAGGACUUGAUAUCCAUGUGAAGGAAAGUGGUGGAUCCUUCUCAGUAGGCCAGCAACAACUCCUAUGUCUUGCCCGUGCCAUCCUAAAAUCAUCCAAGGUUCUUUGCCUUGAUGAGUGCACAGCCAACGUUGAUAACCAGACAGCAUUCCUGUUACAGAAUACUAUUUCUGCUGAAUGCAAAGGCAUGACAGUCCUCACUAUAGCCCACCGUAUCUCAACAGUAAUGAAGAUGGACAAUAUUCUUGUUCUUGAUCAAGGCAAACUGGUUGAAGAAGGAAACCCAGAGGCUCUUAUGAAUGACAGAUGCUCAAGAUUCUCCCGCUUUGCGACGGCAUCUACAAUGUGAUCCCAUGGAAAAUCAUGCCCUGCUCACCCUGUUAUCCCAGGGGAAACACUAGGUCUUAGUUGUAGUUCACUUUGAUCACCGAUACUUUAUUCUCCGAUGAGUGAAUUUACACUAACAGAAAGCCUGAUCCUCCAGCUUUUCUUGGAGAUCUUUAGUUUAAGAACUGACUGAACAUUAACACAAUGUUUCCUUUUUUUUUGUAUAUGUCAACACAAUGUUUCCUUAUAUGGAUCUAGGAUGAGAUCUACUGCAUUA